CGGGGGCGGAAAGAAAAGAGAAAAGGAAGCUUUAUUGCCGCCAUUUCACGUGAAAGCAGCGCGGUACGAUAGACGGUCAGGGCCAAAUAAUUACAAAUAUUUUGAUGAAUUUUGGUUUUAUAAAUUAACGGGAUAUUUAUAGACUGUCUGUUAACUGUUUUAGCUAACGGGAGGGCCGAACGGUUUUCGUCUUAACUGGCCUGCUCUGUUGCUUGGAGGCGAAGAAAAUGAGCUACGGAAGGCCGCCACCAGACGUUGAGGGAAUGACCUCCCUGAAAGUGGACAACCUCACUUACCGAACUUCGCCGGAGACUCUGCGCCGAGUUUUUGAGAAGUACGGUCGUGUGGGAGAUGUGUAUAUCCCCCGGGACAGGUACACCAAGGAGAGCCGCGGGUUCGCUUUCGUGCGUUUCCUCGACAAGCGCGACGCCGAGGACGCCAUGGACGCUAUGGACGGCGCGCUGCUCGACGGGCGGGAGCUUCGGGUGCAGAUGGCUCGCUACGGACGACCUCCUGACUCCAUGUACAGCCGGAGAGGUGCUCCGCAACGCAGAUACGGAGGGUACGGACGCAGAAGCAGGAGCCGUUCCGGCAGUCCUCGCCGCCGCAGGCGUAGCCGCAGCCGCUCCAGGAGCAGAAGCCGUUCCCGAUCCAGGAGCCGCCACCACUACAGCCGUUCCAGGUCCCGCUCCUACUCCAGAUCCAGGUCAAGGUCCAGGUCCAAGUCGAAGUCAAAGUCCAGAACCCCCAGACGGAGCAAGUCAAAGUCUCCCUCCAGGUCUCGGUCCCGCUCCAGGUCCAAGUCGAGGAGUAGGACCCCGGCAUCCAACAGAGGUUCCAAGUCCAGGUCCAGGUCCAAAUCCAAGACUAGGCUUAAAUCUCCAGAGGACAACGGAGCAGAGUGUUAACCCAAACUUGGACACAAUAUGACGGUAUUCAGGGGAAAGGGUGGCUUGUAGUAUUUUAUUGUUAUAUCUGAGAUGGCUGUCUGUCAUCACUUGGGUUAGUAUUCUGCAGCCUUGAUGCUACAUUAGUCAUUUGCACUCAAGCAACAAAGUCUGCAGAAUCCUUAAUGUUUUUAGACAUUAAAAUAAGAUUGGGACUGAUGUCGUCUACAGUCCUAGUUCUGUGUAUGCUUUACUUUGUACGUUCAGCCAAUCUAAAGCACACACAGGCAACAGCAGAUUUGGGUUAAUGUGACCUACUGUAUCAUAUAUUAAAAAUGGGGUAUUAUUAAUCACAUUUGUACUCAUGUGAGUGUGCAUGGGAGGGAGGUGGGGUGCUUCACUCAAAACGUUUACCUAAAUGUGGAAUUCUUUCCUCCAAGCUGCGGAGUCCUGUUUGCAAAGGGAGGAGGAGGAGGAGGAGAUGGGGGUGUGGCAGUGUGAGAGCAGUUAGUGUGUGACCCGCCCAUGUGACCUGCCUGUUGCUGAGAGCGAUGGCAGUUGCUAAGGAGCAGGUCACCAAGGCAACGGUGGUUGCUAUGGAGCAGGUCGUCAUGGCGGUGGUUCGGGCUGUCAGUUGGUGUGUGAGGUGGUGUGGUGAGGUACGUUCACGGGGAUCACAGGCAGAUGCACUGAGCACUGUUCCCACCUGUGCCUGUGGUCUCCUCCGCCUCUGACAAAGGGAACGGACCGAGGUUUGUUUUUCACAUAUGCCCGAGUGUAAGAGUAUUGUUAGUGCUAGUUUUUUUGGGAGAGGGGGCUGAGAAAGGUGUGUAAACAAUGUCAAAAUUACUAGAAAUGUUACGUAUACUGCACGAAGAUGGAUGCACAAAAAAAAAGGUAGUUUGAUAAAUGUUAGUGUGAGGGGAGAGAUCAAAGUAGUACUGCAUUAAAUAUCCAGGUCAGCUGCAGGACUAAUGAUGGCCUUUUUGUUUUGCUCUUGUCAACUCUACUCUGUCUUUCCUUCCAGAUCUCAGAUGAUUGAGCCUUUGCUGAGGACAUCAGGAAGAGUCCCACAUUGAGCAAGUGGACUCCACUAUUACCACUGAAUGCAGACUGAAAGGUUAUUGGAGCUUGGUCUAAAAUGUUUUAAAUGUUUCUUUUGACUUAAUUUUUCCUAAAUAAAUUCUGUAACUUCAGUGUGAUCAUUGUAACGAGCAUAUUGAAAGGGAUUUGUAAGGUUUUUUUCUCAUUUAAAUUGGGGUUUUUUGCAUUUUGAUUAAAUUUGUACUGUAAAUUCUUUUUUUGAAUUAACGUAGAUUUCUUUUAACGAAAUCCCUUGUUUAAUACUCUGUAGAUGGUAAUGAAAGAGUUUUAUUUGCAGAGAUGAUGUAGAAAAGGGUGUCAUGUUGGAUGUUCAGAGCCUUCACAGCUAUGACACACCACUCUUAUUGGAAAUAUGGCUUACUGUACAGUGACAUAAAAGCAAGACAAAGUAUCGCAGUGCCACUUAAUGUGUGACUUGCUAAUCCGGCAGCAUUUUCUUUUCUGUCACAUCUCUUUUUCUGUCUAGUUAAAGUUGCUUUCCUAUGACUCUAACCCUCUUUCUUGUGUAUCUUUUGUGCACUAGGCGCAGUUGUGUAGCAGUUGAGUAAUGCUGGUUAGCUGUUAAGAUGCGGUGCAGUGCGGUGGUGACAUGGUGUGGCGUGUUGCGGUGCUGAGUGCCCGGCGCUGUUCCGGGGCUCGACCCUCCGCUGCUGUUUGCCGGUUUGUAAGCUCACAGGUGUGGCAGAUCAACCAUCCUCUCCUGUCUUGUGACCUCUCCUUCCCUCCAUGUGCUGUACAGAUUCUCUCCUCCUUCCUUUUCUCUUUAUUCCUCCUCUCCUCCCCCUCCCCCCUCUGUGGUUUAUCCACUGUUAAUAACUGGUUUUGCUCGCUUUUUGAAUUUGGGUCCAGUGUGACUCCUAGUGAAGGGUUUAAAGGGCAGUCCAGGCUGCUUAAUAUUUUCUUGUGUAUUGCAUUCCUCUGUGAAACUCUCAAUUGUCUUGUAAUUGCUUCAGGUGAAUGCGAAUAAACAUCUUUGUUGUAAA